AUGUCUCUCGCCUGGUCAGGAAACGACCACAAGAGUUAUACGAAUCCUUCCUCUGGAGGAAUAAAGAGACCGCGGAACGACUCAGGGAACAAAGUGACCGUUGUCCUUGGAGCGCAAUGGGGAGAUGAGGGCAAAGGAAAAGUUGUCGACUUAUUGGCAACAGAAUCUGACAUCGUCUGCCGAUGUCAGGGUGGAAACAAUGCUGGUCAUACAGUUGUAGUUGAAGGCAAAGAGUAUGACUUCCACCUUCUCCCUAGUGGCAUCAUUAACACCAAAUGCAUUUCCCUAAUCGGUAAUGGUGUGGUCAUCCAUCUUCCAGGCUUGUUUGAAGAGAUUGACAAGAAUGAGAAAAAGGGGUUGAAAGGAUGGGAGAAGAGACUGGUCAUCUCUGAUCGAGCUCACAUAGUGUUUGAUUUCCAUCAGGCAGUGGAUGGUAUGCAAGAGCUCCAGAGACAAGCACAAGAGGGAAAGAACAUAGGAACAACCAAGAAAGGCAUUGGACCGACAUAUGCUAGCAAGGCAUCUCGCACUGGACUCCGUAUCUGUGACCUGAUGGCUGACUUUAAAGAGUUUUCUGCUAGGUUUAAGAACCUUGUGCAGCAGUAUCAGGCUAUGUAUCCUGCUCUGAAAGUGGAUGUUGAGGGCCAACUCAAAAAACUUAAGGAGUAUGCAGAGAGGAUAAGACCCAUGGUGAGAGAUGGUAUAUAUUUUAUGUAUGAUGCCAUUCAUGGACCCCCAAAGAAAAUCUUGGUUGAAGGAGCUAAUGCUGCCCUUCUUGACAUUGACUUCGGGACAUAUCCCUUUGUGACAUCAUCAAACUGCACUGUGGGAGGGGUCUGCACUGGUCUUGGCAUUCCGCCCGCCAACAUUGGAGAUGUAUAUGGGGUGACAAAAGCCUACACUACCAGAGUGGGCAUUGGGGCCUUCCCAACAGAGCAACUCAAUGAAGUAGGGGAGCUGUUGCAGACACGAGGUCAUGAAGUUGGCGUGACCACUGGCAGAAAGAGACGCUGUGGUUGGCUGGAUCUAGUCAUACUGCGAUAUGCUCACAUGAUCAAUGGGUUUACUGCGAUUGCUUUGACUAAACUGGACAUUCUCGAUGUGCUGGAUGAGAUUAAAGUGGGAGUGGCCUAUAAACUAAAUGGCAAGAGAAUUCCCCAUUUCCCAGCCAACAUGGAUGUCUUACAAAAGGUUGAGGUAGAGUAUGAGACCUUCCCAGGCUGGAAGAGUGACACCUCAGGGGCCAGAAAGUGGAAUGAUCUCCCCCCCAAGGCUCAGAACUACAUCCGCUUUGUGGAAAAUCAUAUUGGUGUUCCCAUUAAGUGGGUUGGUGUUGGAAAAUCCAGAGAAUGCAUGAUUCAGAUGUUCUAG